GUGAGAGUAGCCGCUGCUCACAAUCAAGCUUGUUUCAGCAGCGCCAUGGGAAGUGGUGCUGCUGUCUUCGGUAGUGCGAGCGUGGGAUACCAAAGCGUGAAGUACACAGCGCCCACGUUCAGCGGAGACGCCAAGAGCUUUUCCUCGUGGCUAGAGGAUUUUUUGAUGGCAGCGAACACAGCAAACCUUCUUGAGCUUUUCGAGGAGGGGGGGGCGGAGAUCCCCGUAAACAGUGGGCAGAGCAAAGUCCAACUGUCCAGGUUUUACCCGCACGACAAUGUAGAGCUCGCUUUCCACGCGUGGAAUUUCUCCGUGGAGCUCUCAAGGACGAGAAAGACAGGACAAUAAUGAAGCGAGCUGAGUCGCCCCUGGGGGCGCUCCGUGAGCUGAAGGGGUUGUACGACCCAGAAUCGUCCAUGCAGCCUGCGGAUGAGUUAAAAUCCCUGACAUCCAAGAAGAUCCCGAUGGCAGAGAAUCCGCAACAUGCUCUCAACAGUAUGCUCGCCACCGCAGAGUCCCUUUCGAAACGGGGGCUUGAUGUUAACGAAACCUUCGUUUUGCACCUCUUCUUGGAUGCCUUCUCCAACGAGUACGCUAUGACCAAGCACGCACUCAGACACAAGGAGAGGUUGACAAGGAGUGACGUCCUGAAGGAGGUCACCAUCGAAUAUCGAUCGAUCAUGGAGAAGGUGAAGGCGGGGAAAGGCAAGGGCGCGCGCGGCGCCGAGCAGGCCUACCUCGCCGAUGGAGGCGGCCGCCGUGGGCGGUCGUCGUGGCGUGGGGGCGGCCGCCGAGGGCGGUCGUCCUGGCGUGGUCGUGGCGGUGGCCGCAGCGGCGGCCGCGGGGGCGGCGACAGCAGCGGAAAAGGCGGUGGCGGCGUCGAGGAGAGCAAGGGGAGUGGCUCUGGUGGGGCAGAUGGCGGCGGUACCGGGGACAAGAAGUUCCCGGGCCGGUGCUUCACGUGUGGCCGUUUCGGACACACGCAGCAGGACUGCACCACCAAGGAGAGCGACUACCUCCCGCAGUGCUCACACUGCGCAGGAUGGGGUCACAGCAAGGACAAGUGCGCGACGGAGGAGGCCGUCCUGGCGCAGAUCGUCCAUGCCGACAGCGACGCCGACUCCGUCGACAACCAGGCCUUCUGCGCGGCGCCGGGCCUGCCAGGCGAGUGUGGUGCUGUUGACCUAGGUCUAGUGGGGGUAACGGAACUCGGCGAGGAUGUCACGGUGUACGUGGCUGAUACAGCAGCCACGUGCUCCAUGUUNUGUGGCCGUUUCGGACACACGCAGCACGACUGCACCACCAAGGAGAGCGCCUACCUUCCGCAGUGCUCACACUGCGCAGAAUGGGGUCACAGCAAGGACAAGUGCGCGACGGAGGAGGCCGUCCUGGCGCAGAUCGUCCAUGCCGACAGCGACGCCGACUCCGUCGACAACCAGG